AAAAUAAAUAAAAAGAUUUUCCACUCGCUCUAGUCCUCCUCAAUAAAUACCCCCAACCAUAAGUCCAUGAAACCUCCUCCCUCACUCUAAUUCACACUCACCCUUCAUUGUGAAAACUCAAACCACACACAAGACAAAUCCUUUUUGAAGAGAAUGGCGAUGAAAAAAGCAAACAAGCUAACGCAAACGGCGAUGAUCAAGCAAAUCUUGAAGAGGUGCUCGAGCUUGGGAAAGAAACAGAGUAAUGUGUACGGUGAAGACGAAAACGGAUCUCCUCUUAACGUACCAAAAGGUCACUUCGUCGUCUACGUCGGAGAGAAUCGGGUUAGGUACGUUGUGCCCAUUUCGUUUUUGACCCGACCUGAGUUUCAGCUUCUUCUCCAACAAGCCGAGGAAGAGUUUGGCUUUGAUCAUGACAUGGGUCUCACUAUCCCUUGUGAAGAAGUCGUUUUCCGAUCUCUCACCUCCAUGCUCCGAUGAACAUAUCUUUUAGGGUUUUAAAAUUUUCUAGUUAUAUAUUUUGGAGACUUGAGAUGUUUUAGGGGAACAGAGGAAGCUGCUGAGUAAAUGCUUCUCUGUUUUAGCAAACUAAAUUUUCUUUUCUUUUAGAUGUUUUGGUUAGUAUAUGGGUUUAGUAGAUGUAUUAGAGUGAGACUAACCCUUAAUUAGAGAAAACCUAGAUGAGAAUGAUUACUAUUUUUGGUCAUCUUCUCAGAUUUACUCUCAUGGUGGUGUGUGGUUGUUCAAUGUGUACCCUGUGAGAGACUUUUUAAUAUUUGAUGAAUGAGACUUUUUAAUAUCAUCAAAGCCUUUGGUUUUACUUAAAUGUGAUUUUUUGCAUAAUUACUUAAUGUGUGCAUGUGAUAAUUGAAUUUUAGUCUCGCGGACCUAGUCAAAUUUCUCUGCGUGCAGUCAAAUGUGUAAAGUAAACAAA